UGAAUAAAAGAGAGUGCACGAACGAGCUUAGAGUUAGUUCCCCUGUCACAGCGCCACCACGUCACACUUCCUUUUUCACAAAAUGGCUACCACCGGCAAGAUGCUUGUUGUUAUCGCUCUUGUUAUGCUACCAGUCAUCGCAUCUGGUGACAAGUGCCUUGGUCCAACUGUUGCAGCAGAAAGUUACACAACACCAGAAAUUACAGUUUCUACAGAGACAAUAUUUAUCACCCAGUUUUCACUCACUUGUAAAAAUGGUUUGAAGAAUCUAAAUCUUUAUGGUGAAGUAGCUGGUCGUGUUGUUCCUGCCACAAGAACCAAAGAAGGAAACAAAUACCAGAUCAGUAUAAGUGAUGAACACAAAAACCUGCCCUCAGGAUCCUAUGAGAUUCGCAUCUUUGAUGAAGAAGGAUAUUCUCUACUUAGAAAGGCCCAGAGGAGUGGUGAGAGCGCAGAUAGUGUUAAGCCCCUCGUCUCCACAACCUUCAAUCACCAGGGAGUGUGGAAAGGUACUUUGAUCCAGACUGAGAUGGUAGCCGCCCUGGUGGCUGUGCUGGUCUGGUGGCUCGCGUAUACUGCCAAGAGCAGCCUCCAAGCUUAACUUCAUUCCAUCAUUAGAUCCUCAUUUUAGUAAAUAAAUUUUUGUAAUAAAUUAAA